ACACGUGCGGUUUCAAUUCGCGCAUGCGCCUUUUUCCUUUUUCCUUUUUCAAAUUAUCCGACAGCACAUCCGCUCUUGGAAUUUCAGUGGUCAGGGUCGGUUUACUUCCGGCAGCAGGCGACUGGCUCAUGGCUGUCCUUCUUCGAGCUGUGCCAAGAUUUCGAGGGUCAGCUACAUGGAGAAGGCCUUUUUGUGGACCAUGGUGCUGUACUGGGCAGGAGGAUUCCAGAAGGUGGGUGGGGAGCCGCUCCCCCACCUCGAAAGAGAAGCCAGUAGGCGUAGAGCCUGAAAAAUUCUACAUGGUCUACCGUUUCAGUGCCAUCAGAUCACUUGGGUAUGUAUCUCGACUGAAGUUGGCACAGACAGCCCUGACUGUGCUGGCCUUGCCUGUGGGCUUCUGCUGGUACUCACAGGGACUUAUGACACUCAAUUCAAUUUACCUCAUGGGUGGGAUCUCCAGCUUUGCCCUGGCUAUGCUGUGUUGGAUGAGCCACUACUUCCGGAGGCUGGUAGGCAUCCUUUAUGUGAAUGAAUCGGGUACCGUGCUUCGGGUGGCCCACCUGACCUUCUGGGGGUGGCGGCAGGACACAUACUGUGAUGUGUCUGACGUGAAACCCCUGUCAGAAUCCAAGGACCAGGUCCAGGAUGUGUUCAUGCGCAUCCAGCAAUACAGUGGCAAGCAGACCUUCUACCUCACCCUGCGUUACGGCCGCAUCCUGGAUAGAGAACGUUUUUCACAAGUGUUUGGGAAUCUGGCCACACUCAAGUGAAAAACAGAACCCAGGCCUCUCAUAGUCCCAGGCACACCUCGAUCCUGGACGGGAAGGCCAAGAGCGUAGAUGACGGGCUGAAGCUUGGAUGAUUGACUGCUUACCUAGCUGCAAGAAGCCCUGGGGUCAGACCCGAGCACUGCAUAUAAUCAGGCAUGGUGUGUGUGCAUGUCUGUAAUCCCAGCACUUGGUAGGUGGAUUAGAAACUCAAAGUUGCCUUUGGCCAGCCUGGGCUACAUGAAAAAACAAAGAAAAAGAAGCUACUACCAAAUUUAGGAAAGAACCCUUAAUGAAACAUCUUACUGCAUAGGACAUUCAAUCAGGUUGGUAGCUGGAAGUUUCCUUGAAGAGGCAGUUCUUGGAGGACCAUUAUGCCAGGUUCAGUGAGGCAACCAACCCAUGGCUACUAAAACAAAGACAGAAGGUUUGGCAGGAGAACACAGGGUGUGUAGUCUGGAGACUUGGGUUCUGCUGAGCCUCGGCUUCCUGCUCUGGGCAAGGUAUUGAGUCUCUGAACCUUGAUUUCCACAGUGUGGGAUGGGAAAUCCUGCUGUCUGAUAGGAUCAAUGUGGAAACAACAGUAAGGCUGAGGCUGUAUCUCUGUGGUAGGGCUCUUGCCUAGUGUGUGUGAGACCCUGGGGUCCAUCUUUACACAAAAGAAGCAAAACCAAUAAAUGCCAAAGUGCUGUGCAAAGUGAGCAGCCCAGAGGAAGUGGUGAGCCUUUGAUCAGGGCUGUGGCGUAGCGGAAGACUUCCAGACUGUGUGGCAGGGACUUUGUUGCUCUGCACCACGUCUCCUCGCACUCAUCAGCUGGAUGGCCCAGGCCGAAGCCCACAGUGGGCUUGUUUGAGCUCAUCAAGAUGUCACCACAUAGCAGCUGAGGUAGGGACAGUCAUGUGAGUACUGAACCCAGCUGAUAAUGUGACUACCCAGGGCUUUACAGUGUCAUCAGACCAGAGGGACUCUGCUCAUCGAUUUGUCAGCUAAAGGCCACCAUGUAUAAUGAAUAACACAGGCUUAUUACAUAAAUUCAUACCUGCAUAAAAGGAAGGCAGGCAUGAUCUUUAUAAUUUGCCCACUCAAAAUUCAAUUAAAUGCUUUCGUUUUGUA